GAGAGCAAAGACUUUCCCAAUAACUUUUCAGGAUGUGUUGCAAAUUUCUGUGACCCUCCUGCGUGGGGUGAAUAUCAAAUGUACGAUGACAUUUUAAAGGAGGAUGGUGUGUGGGCCGCAUUCGGUCUGCAUCCUCACAAUGCUAAAAUGUGGUGUCCCCAAAUAGAGAGAGAUCUGAUAAGAGCCGCCUCCCACCCCAAGUGCGUGGCUUGGGGUGAGAUGGGGUUGGAUUACGGUAAGGGUUACACUAAAGCAAGUCCUGAUGUUAUAGAAAUGCAGAAAGAUGCGUUUAUGGCACAGAUAAAACAGGCGCUCAAGUUGAAUAAACCGUUUGUUAUUCACGCACGUGGGGCUGAAAUGGACGCUUUUGAAAUCAUGAAGACUAAAGCACCCAAAGAUCACAAAAUUCAUUUCCAUUGCUACAGUGGAUCAUGGAAAACUGCGGAGAAAAUGAUGGAACAUUUCCCCAACAUGUAUAUCGGUGUGACAGGUUUGGUAACGUUCAAUUCAGCUACCAAUGUUACCGAUGUCGCCCGAAAAGUUCCAUUAGAAAGGCUGCUUAUUGAAACAGAUGCACCCUAUAUGAGACCAAAGAACGCUAACCUCGUCGACAGAAACUCGCCCCGGUCAGCAAGCCCGUCAAUGGGGAUAUGGGUUGCAGCUAGGAUAGCCGAAAUCAGAAAAAUUACAUUAGACAUUGUCUUAAUUCAAGUUAGGAAAAAUGUUGCUAAUAUGUAUGGUAUUUGA